GUGUGCCGUGGGUCCACUAGGUCUUCCUCCACUGAGUCUCCGUCACCACAGACCACAGUGCCCCAUCAGAUGAACAGCAGCAUCUCUCUGAGCACCUCCGCUGGCAUUUUACAGGUCAACAUGAAGUGGCUGCUGUGGCUCAGUCUUCUCCUUUGUGUUUUUUUCUGUCAUCUAGAGGCCAGAGUUAUCGUCCCAGAAGGAGUGCCAUAUGAUGAACCACCAGCCGUUCCCUACUGGCCCUACUCCACCUCUGACUUCUGGAACUACAUCGAAUACUUCAGAUCCAUCGGAGCCUACAACCACAUUAACGAGAUGGCCCGGGCCUUCUUCGCUCAUCAGCACCUCGGAGACACCCUCGGAUAUGAGACCAAUGCUGGACAUGAACACUGAGAUGGGCUGAAAGGAAUCAGAAAAGGAAAAAAGAACAGGAAGGGACUCAUCAUAGGGAUCAAUCAUUAUAAAGGAAUCUGUUUAUUACCAUGAUAUAAAGAGGAGAAACCAUGGAAAUAAUAAAAAUAUAAGAAAUGCAGUGAAUGAAAGAGGGAGCAUACACCCCCCCACACACCCAUUAUUUUCUUUUUUCAUGUAAUGUGUGUGUGGGUGUGUGUUUCAUAGCAUAAUCAUACAUUUAGACUUAGAGGAAGUAGCUCUUAUAUAGGUUUGUACGAUAUUUUCAUGUAAUGAGUCACAAAUAAAUCAAACAUGUUUAACCUUUC